UUUCCCCUUUUAUAAUUUUUUUUUUCACGUAGUAUUUCGCAUCUUCUCUUUGGUCAUCUACAAUUCUACACCACCAUAGCUUCAGAAUUUCCUCAAUGUCAUAGGGAUUUAAUCACUGAAAAAUAAAUAACCCCAAAUGAUAUUAUUGUACAACAAUCUUUAUUUUGGUCAAGAAAUUAUGGGUCAUUCUAAAAUUAAUGCUAGCAGAAGAGACCAUUUCCUCAGUGGAUUAAAUACUUGGAUGGGUCCAAAUUCACCUUCUAGUGCACACACUGAUGGUGUAAAAAAGCUUCAAGGACUCAGAUAUAAGAAUAUGUCAUCUCAGAUUGUGGGAAAGUUCAGUCAAAAUAAUCAAGAUAUCUCACAAGAGUUCCAGCUUCCAUCCGCAUAUGAAUCUGCCAUGGACGCUCUUUCGACUCUCAUUACUCAGAAAAAAAGAAAUGGCAUACCAGCCAUUAGUGGUCAAAACCAGAAACUGGACAGAAUGUUGAGGUACAUUAAGAUUUUGGGCUUGGAAGAAAAGAUAGCAGGCCUUAAGAUUAUCCAUGUUGCUGGAACUAAAGGAAAGGGUUCAACAUGUGCCUUCUGUGAAGCAAUUUUACGGGAGUGCGGUUUCAAAACAGGACUUUUCACUUCUCCUCAUUUGAUCGAUGUUAGAGAANGAGUUUCUUCACUUCAAAAUGGAAUUUUUUUUCAGAGGAAUCUGGUGUUGCACUGUUAUAUCUUGAAGCACACAAGGCGUCCCUACUCAAAUUUCAAGAUGGACAUAUGCCAGGAAAAAUUUCUGCAAUACUUUUGGGGUUGUUGGAAUCAGCUCAAGGCAAACGUCUCUGAAGACUUACCUAUGCCUCCUCUCUUCCAGUUCCUUACUGUGUUGGCUUUUAAAAUUUUUGUGAGCGAGAAGGUUGAUGUUGCCAUCAUUGAAGUUGGCCUUGGAGGAAAGUUGGAUUCUACGAAUGUGAUUAAGGAACCUGUUGUCUGUGGUAUUACUUCUCUGGGUAUGGAUCACAUGGAAACUUUAGGAGAUACACUAGGCCAGAUUGCUUCUCACAAGGCCGGAAUUCUUAAGCCUCAAGUUCCUGCAUUCAGUGUGCUGCAACUUUCUGACGCAAUGGAAGUUCUUCAAGAAAGGGCCAAAGAGUUGAAGGUUUCACUGCAAGUUGUCGCACCACUAACCUUGGAAAAGUUAAAUGGAACAAGGCUAAGCUUGUCUGGUGAUCACCAGCUCACUAAUGCUGCCCUUGCUGUAUCCCUUUGUAAAAGUUGGCUUAGAAGUACAGGAAACUGGAAAAGGCUGUUUGAAGAUGCAUAUGAGAAAGAUGGUCUACCAGAGGAAUUCCUGAGGGGUCUUUCAGCUGCACGUCUUUCUGGCAGGGGUCAGAUUGUUGCUGACCCUCUGAUCAACGUAUCUGGAGGAAAUAAAAGGUUGUCAGGAGAUCUUACCUUCUACCUAGAUGGAGCUCAUAGUCCUGAGAGCAUGGAUGCUUGUGCGAGAUGGUUUUCUGCUUCUGUGGUAGGAAGAAAAGACAUGUCACUUUCAUCAGUUACCUCAAAAGACAAUAAAAUGGAGAGAGCCUGGACAAACGGUUACAUCAAACCUUGUAAUAACAAGGAUUCGGACGAAAUGCCAAAGCGGAUUUUGUUAUUCAACUGUAUGGAUGCAAGAGAUCCUCAAAUUCUUCUUCCUAAGCUUGUCAAUACCUGUGCAUCAUCAGGUAUUUACUUCUCAAAAGCUAUUUUUGUGCCAAGCAUUUCGGCAUAUACCAAGGUUACUUCUGCUACCUCUGCUAUUCCCUCAUAUAUCCCUGGAAAGGAUUUGUCGUGGCAGUUUAACCUUCAGAGAAUUUGGGAGAAAAUCAUUCAUGGCAAAGAUGUUCUUGAUCAGAAUCUCAAGAUAAACGCCUCAGUAGGCGUACCACCCCAUGAAUUUCUUUAUAAAGAGGCUUCUCAUUGUGGUCCAGAAGAUGGAUAUUUUGCUUGUAGUGCGGUUUUUCCUUCAUUACCAUUGACCAUAAAUUGGUUGAGGGAUUGUGUUAGAGAAAACCCUUCCCUUAGACUUCAGGUUCUUGUCACUGGUUCAUUGCAUCUUGUUGGCGAUGUAUUGAAGCUACUAAGGAGGUAAUGUAAAAUUUCCUUCCCCAAGUGGUUGGGGGGUAGUUGAUGGAGACUGGAGAGUGUGAUAUCGUCGGAACAUUUUUCGGAGUUUCUCAUGCGACGCCAAGGUAGUUGAUGGAGAGUGAUAUCCUUGGAAUGUUUUUGAGAGUUUCUCAUGCGACGCAACCCAGUAUUCUUUUCCUAGAAAUUGAAUUUUGCGCCAUUAUAUUGUCAUUGUUAUAGUUUUAUUUUCAUGUUCACUAAUUAUGCAGACAAUAUUCUAUCUUUAAAUUGGGAGAUUGGGCAGCCCGGUGCAUUAAGCUCCCGUUAUGCGCGGGGUCCAGGGAAGGGCAGGACUACAGGGGUCUAUUGUAUGCAGCCUUACCCUACAUUUCUGCAAGAGGCUAUUUCCACGGCUUGAACCCGUUACCUCCUUUGAAAUCCUUCUAUCCAUGAAGGUGCUAUUUCCUAGUUAUAAAUGGUAUUGUUUGAGUAUAAGAUGACUUAUUUUGUUAUAGCAGGUUUGAUUGAGAACAUUACAACUGUUUCCUCACUUUUGCUUUUACCUGUAACGAUAGUUUUUGGGUCAUCUUGCACAUACCUCGAUUAUUUAAUA